AUGGGCAAUGUCCAGUUAACACGCGCGCCAACUCCAAAAGAAGCACCACUCAUUCGGCCACCAUCCCCGAAGGAUAUCCCUGACGGCCUCAAAUCAUUCACCUCCUUCACCAAACUUCCAAUAGAGUUGCAAGCAAAUAUAUUCUCGCUCGCAUUAGAGAAUCAUGAGAUCAUACCUCGUCUUAUCAAGACUAUUUUCGACAAAACCACGCGCUCAUACUCCUACAGUUUUGCGAUGCCGCCUCUGAUGAUAACCUGUCACCUUUCGCGACAGAUUUCCAAAGAUGUAUACCCUUCUUUGCUUCCCAACUCAACAUGUCCCAUAUACUUUAAUCCAGCAACCGACUUCCUCUACUGCACAUCCACAGGCGAUUUACCAUAUGCCAUGAACGAACACGAAGUCGAGCCCGUCAUGUCAUUCUUGGAAUCCUCUCCAAUAGUAGCGAAGAUUCGCUUCCUCGUACUCGAUUCAUCAUACUGGACCUCCCAUAUAAGCGACAUGUUCUCGCAGCGCGAUUUCGCUUCAAUGCCUGAGCUCCAGUUGUUCACUGGCAUAGAAGAACUGUUCCUUGUAGCACCGUCCUUGGAGCAAGAGCUAGCGAACAAAAGAAGAGCCUAUGGAAGAAUUAUGACCAACAAUGUUGAAUUCCACCAGCAGCGCCUCGACAGAGCAUGUGCGGCUGUGAUAAAAAGCGAUGUAGAGAGCCCUCUCUCGAUUGUACCAGGCUUUCGUGUGUACAGUAUUGGAACACCCUGUUUUAAUAGGCGGUGGGAGUUGGAACGAGCCUUUGGGAUAACAACUUUGGAAUUGUUCGGUGGAGGAUGGAGUAAGACUUCUAAUAGCGGGUUGUUCAGAGCAGGGAAACUAAUCCCGAGAUAUAAUGAGAUCAGAGCUCUGUUGAAGUAA